AUGAAAAAAGCUUGUCAACCUUGCCCAGACAAAAUACCAUGUCUUUUAAUUUAUAGAGAAUGUAAUUUCGGAGAGCAACCAACUGGAUGUUGUCCAUGUCAAACUAAAAACAUAAAUUUAAAAUUAUAA